CGGCGCCCGCGGGCCGGAAGUGCAGCGCGCGCGGCGGAAGUGCGGCGGGCGGGCGGAAGGGGCGGGGGCCGGGCGACCUGAGGCCGAGGAGUAGAUAUCAGAAGAAACGAAACACCCGCCGGAAUAGUUCCUGAAGGAGAUUUGAUUCCUGUUCGCAGUUGUUUUGAAGGGGGAUACCCUCUGGCUCAGAAUUAAAAUGCUCUGGUUUCAAGGAAAUAGCCUGCAGAUUGCCAAAGCCUCCUUUGGACUCUUGCGAAAUCUCUCUGCCUCUAACACAGCUCUGCCUGUGCUGACCUUAUUCACAAAGGAUCCAUGCCCGCUCUGUGAUGAAGCCAGAGAAGUACUCAAGCCUUAUAAAGACAGGUUUAUAUUGCAGGAGGUGGACAUCACACUUCCAGAAAAUUCUACUUGGUAUGAAAGGUAUAGAUUUGACAUCCCUGUCUUCCAUCUGAAUGGCCAGUUUCUGAUGAUGCAUCGAGUGAACACCUCAAAGCUUGAAAAACAGCUUCUGAAAAUUGAACAGCAGGUGCUGAAGACAAACUGAGGCCUCGUGAUUUCCACCCUCUCUGUCAGAAGGCGUCUGCCUGAGGGUAUGACUAGGGUUGUGGAUUUCCUUGUCAAGUCCAUAGUGCCCUUAUGAUGGUAUCCCAUAAAUACGUUGCCAUUACUCUUCUGACUGAUGCAGGUACCCACGUGAGAGCAGUUUGCUGAUGGGUGUUUUGUAAACCAGAAGUGCUUUGUAUGGAGGGAGACCCCGUAGGGAGGGAGCGGUCUGGUCGUUGAGUUUAUGUCCCUUUUGUGCAAGGGUGGAAGCACUUGCCAUGCACGGGACAGUGCCCCAAUGGGAAGGAGGCGCGGCAGUCCUGCUGCUCACAGCCCUGGAGCCUGACUUCAGUGGAGGAAAUGCUCUUCCCUCAGGAAAGUGAAAUGUGAAUUGUUAAUAACUGUGCACAGUCAACAAAGGGGUGUUUUAACGAACACAUCUGCAUGCAGCCUAUUUCAGUGGAAUUUAAUAAUACCUGUUUAAAAUUAGCAUUCACUUUUGUUGAAUAGAAGAGAAUAAUUAUCCUAGCCAAAGAGACUUCUCUUCAGAAAGACAAAGGAGACUUAAUCCUCCAGAAUGUAUAUAACAGACUCGGCUGUACUUGUCAUCAUGGAAUUGACUUGUGAUGUUGAGGACUGCCUUAAGUUCUCAUCAAUUAAGCUAAUUCAACUAAUUGUAAGAUAGUAACUUUGUCAAAUUUUAGUAUCUUGGGGAAAUUCAUUUUGAUCAUAACUGAACAUAUGUACCAUCUAAUCAUAAAGUACCAUUUUAUAUAAAGUAUUAAAGAUGCAGUUUUGUACCCUU